ACGACACCACAUCCGCUUACGGCAGCAUGGCAGCCUGCAGGAUUGAGCGAGGUUCGCUUGAGCUUUGAGAGCGAGCGCAGGUAGAGUCGCGAUGCCCGCGCGGGCAGCAGGUCUGUCUACCGCGUGAAGAAGAUGACGGCGACGUGCUUCGGGCGAAUUUCGGUUCCCUUGCUUCGCUCCGCUGCGCGUGCUCCCUUCGCGGGUGUGUGUCGCUUCGAGCCCGCGACAUGGCGUCUUAGACACGCACUUGUCACGGAUCGUGCAAGAUUAACGCCGAGUGUGGUGAGCGGCGCUUGGCUCCUCGGUCAUCAAUGGACGGGACACCGUGGCGCGUGUCAGACUGCAGUCCAACAGGUAAAACUGACACCCUGUCACGCACGCGGAGCUGUGCUCGAGCACUGGAUAGGAGGUCACGGGGGGUCGAGUGCCGGGUUCUCGUCCUUGCUGCCCCUUGGAGCGCGAGGACUGUGCAACAAAAACGCAGAUCCUCCGGACACCCCGGUUUCAACAGACCGGGAGGAGGGGGCGGAACCGGGCCAAGGCCUGUUCAAGUUCAAAGAGCUGUAUGAGAACCCGUGGACGAUCCCGAACCUGCUGUGCGUGUGCCGGAUUCUGCUGGCUCCCUUCCUGGGUCACCUGGUCGUCCAGCAGCGCUUCGACCUCAGUCUGGCUUUGUUCGUGCUGGCUGGAGCCACAGACCUGUUGGACGGCUACAUUGCCAGGCGGUGGCCCACUCAGAAGUCGGCACUGGGCAGCGCUCUAGAUCCGCUGGCCGACAAGAUUCUCAUCAGUAUUUUAUACGUCAGCCUCACCUACGCCGAGCUUAUUCCAGCCCCAUUGACAGCUCUGGUGAUUUUCAGAGACGUUGGUUUGAUAGCCGCCGUCUUCUGGGUCAGAUACAAGACCGUUCCCCCACCGGUGACCCUCAGUAAGUUUUUUAACCCCUGCUACACCACAGCCCAGCUCAAGCCCACCCUCUUCAGCAAGGUGAACACAGCCAUCCAGCUCUGCCUGGUGGCAGCGUCGCUGGCAGCUCCCGUCUUCCACUUCACAGACAGCGUCCUGCUUCAGUGUUUAUGGUAUGUUACGGCGUUGACUACCGCCGCGUCGGGCUACAGCUACUGGCAUUAUGGCCGCAAGACCGUCCAGGUGUUAAACACCAGGUCGCCAUGACGACAGUAGGAAUCCAGACUGAAGCAGGAGGCAGCGUCUGCAGAAACACUCGCAUCGACUGAAUGACUGACGGCUACACAGAGCCCCACCAAGAGCCCCGAGAACGAGCAGCUGGGCUAAGCGUUUCUGGGUUGCCAUGGCAACGGCGCACAGAAUGAUGGUUUAAUGCAACACUACAGUGAUAGGACCUCUGCCGCCAAGAAUCAGACGAAAACAACAAAACGACCAAAUAAGAAGAUCAGCCUCUUGCUGACAUGCCAAUCAUCCGCUGGAAGCCUCUGUCAGGCAGCAGGAUGGGAUUGACCUGAUGAUUGUCUCCUGACUCAGAUUUGUAAGCUGAGGAUUUAGGAUAAAAAAAAAGAUGUUUGUUUUUUCUGUGGGUUUGUGACAGCUCUGAAUGCAAAGCUGUUUCUGUCAGGAUUCAAUGCUGAGGGAAGAACAUCUGAGCCGGCUUCACAACACCCACCCCAUCCUGGUCCGGCACACCAGGUUUAUCAUCCAGAACUCCUGUUCAACCUCUGUUAAAUCUUGUAAUAAAAAAGGCUCCCAACACUU